GAAGCGGUCGCUGAGCAUGCUCUCGGCGCACAGUGUCUCGCAACACGCGUGUUGCACGACCGUCGCACGUCCAUGCGAUCGUCCUGGUGCUAUCCGGGCGUUCAUGUCGCGCGAGAUUCUGAGAGACGCGAUGUCCGUUUUCCACGCAAGCAUUCGCGUCCAAGGUCUCUUUAAUCGAGCUUCAUCGGCGACCAUCGGGCUUUGAAGUCACUAGCGACCGUCGGGCAUUGAAGUCACCCAAGCAUUGAAAUCACCUUGCCGCGGAGUCGAUUUCGCGUGUCAAUUAUGCGGCGAUACCGCGAGGGAUAAGAAAUAUCGAAGAGAUCCGAGGUUCCCCAGCAAACUUGGUUAAUACAAUAUAAGAACUCGAAGAAUUUCCUGAAGAAGGAUUAUGAUACUGGGAAACGUCCCAAGGAUCGAGGACUACUCUUCAUCGUUGUAGGACGGAUCACACGAUGUACUCACAGGCACUUGACUGGCGUGGGUGCUACUGGGUUCCUCCUCCGCUCUGAGACCGAGGUCAGGUGUGGGAGGGUGCAGGGGUUGCUCGAGACUGACGCAUAUCGCACGUUAUAGGAUGCCGAGACCAUUUCGAAGCUUGCUCGUUUUAACGUUGAUAAUGACAGCGUCAUGUCUCGAUGUGACGGAGAACGACGCCAGGACGACAACGGAGACGUCUACGAGUGCAUCUAGAGUAACGACAAUCGCCACCGAGGAAAAUGCAUCGCCGUCAUCCUCGUCGUCUUCUCCCUCCGAUGCGGUUUGGGAGUGUCCGAAUAUCACAAAAGCGGGCGUGGAGUGUUCCUGCGACUUUCCACACACGCUCAGAUGUACCGGCGACAGAACGACGUUGCAAGUCAUCAGCGAACAUUUAAAACGUAGUCGACCGGACAUGAUAUCGCUGCUGGAUGUGACCGUGACAGGGAUCUCCGUGUUGCCAGCACGCUUCUUCGAGGACGUCGCGCUUCAUGGGUUGGUCGUCUCUACUGGUGAACUGAAACACGUCCACGAGAACGCGUUCACAGCGUUGACACGGCCGUUGCAGGCGCUUGGAUUGCCCAAUAAUCUUCUGGACUCGGUUCCCACGACUGCGCUGUCGCACUUGGUCGGUUUAGAUCGACUGGACCUGUCCCAUAACAAAUUGAAGACAUUAGAAGCGGAUUCGUUCAAGGGACUGUCAAGCCUGACUUAUUUGGACUUAUGCGAUAACCUGUUGUCACAAUUGUCACCACAAGUUUUCCUAGCAUUGCCAGUGUUGCGUUCGCUGAGAAUGCGCGGAAAUCGCUUAAGCGUUGCUGCACUAUCCGCGCUCAGAGGUCUCAAGCGCUUGGAGGAACUGGAUCUGUCGAGUAAUUUGUUGCUAGGCCCAAUGGGUCCCAAUCUGCUGCCACUAAUGCCUAAAUUGCACUUCCUCACCGUGUCAGAGAAUGGCCUUGUCAACGUUCAGCAGGGAGCUCUCAUGGGUCUCAAGAAUCUUACUUAUCUGAGUCUGAGUCACAAUCAGAUCGACGUGUUGGAGGAUCAUUCGUUCAAGUACUUAUCGACCUUGACGCGGUUGGAUCUCGCAAAUAAUCGCAUAGUUGCCGUAUCCAGUGCCUCUUUAGCGCAUUUAGAGAAGCUAAUCACAUUGGAUUUAACGCACAACUUUUUACGAGCAUUGACGGCCGAUCUAGUGGUGCCGCUGAAGAGUCUACAAGACUUACGAUUGGACGAUAAUGAAAUAACGAUCGUGGCGAGCGACGUGUCAACGUCAAAGCUGCGUCUUAAGAGACUCUCGCUCGCCGACAAUCCGUUAAAUUGCGACUGCACCUUACUAGAAUUCGCCAACUGGCUGGCAAACUCCAGCGUGUUGGAGGAAGACAAGUCAUCGGCGGUGUGCGCGACACCGCCCGCUCUGGAGAACGGCAUCCUGACCCAAGUACCACCUGGCAGUCUGCUCUGCGGUGAACCCACGCCGCCCAUGAUGACUCGAGUGCCGCUGGCAGGAGUGCAACUAAGUCUUAAGGAGUUCCGUUAUGACGAAUCGACCGGCAUCAAUCUAUUGUGGCAUAUGGAGCAAUGUACCGAACAUUACACCUGCGACUCACUCAUCGUUUACGAAACAAUCGAUGACAGCGAGAUGCGGACGGAAUCUAGCCCGUUGCAUUGCGAUUCCCGGAUGAUGCGAGAUCCCUGUACCCUGCCGGUCGCCAUACCAGCCUCUGUGCACCUAAAAUUAGGUCACAAGUACCGUUAUUGCGUGGUCCUGCUGGUACCUACAGCCUAUGACAUGUCUCUCGGUCUCGGCUGUAGCGAUGUCAUCGUCUUGGAGGAAACCCUGGAGCGGCGAAAGAUAGCGACGGAAGAGCAGUUGCCAAGCGAAGAGGAUCAUUCCUCGAUGUCCUCGACACAGUCGUCUUUCGGCUCCGAUCCCCGAAUCACCGGCGUCCACGUGAACGUAUCCGACAAGGGUUACCUACACGUGGACGUGGUUCUCUCAAGAAUGAAGGAGACGAACCUCGCGUCUACCUGCGAGCUGUCCGUCGUCGUGUUCGACGCAAUUUCCGCGAUUCAUCGGCAAAGGCUCAAUUGCAGCUUCGCGUUCGUCACCGACGUGGAGGUGUCGUUGCCAGGUUAUUACAAGGUAUGCGCGAGUCUGGAUGAACUAGCUGACGUGACCGUCGUCUCCUCGGCAACCGGCAACUUGGUGGACGAUCGCGAGAGAUUUCGUUGCGUCGAGGUGGUCGAGCAGGACUACAGCAGACAAAACGCCGAGGUGUUUGUGGUGAUGGCCGUGGUUGCCGUGACCGGUGUCUUCCUGAUCGCCCUUGCUAUGCUCGGUCGGAGCAUCGUUAAACGAUUGCGGCAUCCCAGGAUUCAGGCGCAAUGUUUUUUGCCAACUCAGGAAUUCGAGAUCACCCACAAGGCGCAUUACAUCAAGCUUUUGGCCACAACCAAAGUUUAGCGCCUGAUGGAAUCAGCAACGUCACAUGAAGAAUAUUGCAACAAUAUUGCGGCAAUAUUGCGGCAAUAUGGCGGCAAUAUUGCAAUGUUACGAUAAUAAUAAUAUUGCUGCAAUAUUCUGUGCUGUAUGAGAUUGUUUAUGUAGAAUUAAAAAUUUAGAAUUUAAAAACUCGAAAAUGUAGAUACAUAUACGUGCACGGAUUUUACCCAGCAAACUCUAAGUAACAUUUUAUAUAACAUUUAUAUAACCGUUAGUAAUUUUGUAAUUUUUCACUCAACAAUAUAACUGUCACAUAUUAUGUAACUGUUACAUAACAUGUAACAGUUAUAUUGUUGCAUGCGAAAUUAUAACUAACAGUUAUAUAAUUGUUAUCUGGUAUCAGUUAUAUAACUGUUCGUUGGGUAAUGUACGAUUCAAUCUACAUAGGAACUCAGCAAACGCCAAAUAACAGUUAUACAGUGUCUCAAAAGUCUCGGACCGGUCGAAUAUUUCAUAAACUAUGCACUUUAGAAAGAAAUGUUUCAGACAAAAGUUGUAUGGCUUGAAGGGGGCCAUCAGAUAGUGGCAAUGAUUUGACAUGGAAGAGUCAUUUGAAAGUCACGUAAAGAAAUCGUCAAUUUUUUAAAUGGA